GCGCGCGCUGCCCCGGAGCCUUAAGUUUCAGGGGCGGCGGCAGCGGCAGCGGUCGGGGAAACGGCCAGGCAGAUGUCAUUGGUCAGAGUGAACCGUUACAGUGCCCGGGGAGGAGGAAGGAAAACGCUGAAAGUAAAGAAGAAGAAAACGCCAGUGAAACAAGAGUGGGAUAAUACUGUGCAUGAUCUCACGGUGCAUCGGGCCACUCCUGAGGAUCUGAUACGUCGUCAUGAAAUACACAAAUCAAAAAACAGAGCAUUAGUCCACUGGGAACUCCAAGAAAAAGCUCUGAAGAAAAAGUGGAAGAAGCAGAAACCAGAUAUUUCCUCUCUUGAGAAAAGGAGAUUGUCUAUCAUGAAGGAGAUCCUUUCUGAGCAGUACCAGAUGCAGGAUGCAUUGAAAAAAUCUGAUCAUAUGAUAACUGUAGCAAAAGAUCUGUUUGCUGACUUUCCUCGUAAGCGAACUGCAGGGUUUCCAAAUAUAACAAUGGCUCCUGAUCAGGACUCUGUCACUCAGUUUAGAUGCAGUGACGCGGUGGAAACUCAGGCUCUAAAUGAAGUAGAGAAUGAUGAAGAGGAAGGAACUGUUCCAUCAGAAGAAAGUGAGAAUGAAUUGGACAACUCUCUUGUUUCUCAGUCUAACAUGACUAGAGACAGGUUUCUCCAUCAACUCAAGGAAGAUAAUUCUGAGUUAAUUAAUAAGAUGUUGACUGACAUACAGGAGAAAAUAUCAGCACAAUCACAGACAACUCCUCCAGCAACUCCACCAACUGCCUCUCUGUCAGGGGAACAAAAAGCCGCUCUGAAUGCCACGAGUGCUGUCAAGAGGAUCCACACCAAGCUUCAGCCUAAAGAAUCUGCCGACACUCUCCACUCAAACUAUGUUGUGGGACAAGUGCUGAACUCCAGGAGGCAUAAACAGCUGUUAAGUAAAGACUUGCCUGAUCCUCCCAAGCAGAAGAAAAAUCCCUUAUCAGCCAGCACAGCCUCCGCAGACACCAGCAGCAGUCACGCAGGCCUGGGCAUCGACGUCCUCAAACACAUGAUACACGACGUGGAGCGGGAGAUGGAGGAGUACGAGCGCUGGACAGGGCGCGAGGUGAAGGGGCUACAGAGCAGCCAGGGCCUCACGGGUUUCACCUUGUCGCUGGUGAGCUCCCUCUGCCGCCUCAUUCGCUACCUCAGGGAGAGUGAGCUCCAACUGCAAAAAGAAGUAGAGACAAGACAGCAAAUGGAACAAGUAUUGGGUGAGCAUCGAGAGCUCAUUGAUGCUCUGACAGCUGAAAUUCUUCUUCUCAGAGAAGAAAGUAAUGCUACUCAGGCAAAACUCCAGCAGCACAUGGUCAGAAUGGAUGAGCAACUGACAUUGCUUACACGUGCCAUUAAUAGCUGUCCUGUGAUAAGUAACAAUAAAGAAAAACAGGCAUCAGAAAGGUUAGCAGCGACCAGAAGACUCAGAGACAAUCCAGAGGGUCCAGUUGUAAAUACUGAUGUCUCUGCGCCACUGAUGUUCAGAAGGGGGGAAGCGGGUGAAUUCCCCCAGGACGACCUGCCCGUUAAACUCUCCCAGGUGCCAAACCCUCUGGAGAGCGGGAAUCUGGCCAGCAGUUUUCCAGCACAUGUAUUUGAGCCAGCAGUGCUGUUGACACCACCCAGGCAGAAGAGUAACUCUGAAUUUUCUCCUUUGCAGGAUGUAUUGAGGAGGACUGUCCAAACUCGUCCUGCUCCGCGUAUUCCUCCAACAGCAGAAAUAAUUGAGAAGGAACACAAUUGGGAAAGCAAAACAUUACCUACUACCACAGACUUCCAGAAUGCAAAUGCAAAUGAAGAGAAUCAUCUCUUCACCCAGAGAUGGCGGUUCUCACACAUGGGAGAAGAUUUGGAGAACAAAACCCAGGCUCCUUUCCUGAGUCUCUCACAGCGCCUCCCUAAUUCCCAUUCAGACACUCAGCCGUUGAGAAACUCCGAAUUCUCAGAGGAGCCCCCAAUUUUGGAAGAUGGGCAACAGCUCAAAACAGAUGAGGUACUAACCCAAAGAAAGGACAUCAUGACGCGAAUUGCUGAGUUGACACUGCAGAAUUCAGCCAUCAAGGCACAUCUGAAUAAUAUUAUACCAGGGGGAGAGCAGGGGGAUGGACCUCGGGAGUUGAAAAAGCAGGAAGCAGGUCAGACAAGCGACAUGCCUUCGACACUUCCACCGGCACAACCUCUGACACCAAGCAGCAUGGAGGAACGGAUCGCAGAACUGAAUAGACAGAGUAUGGAGGCUCGUGGGAAACUUUUGCAAUUAAUCGAACAGCAGAAACUUAUAAGUUUGGAUGCUUCCUCUUCACCUUUAUCACCUGCUCUGUCACCUCUCAGAGCAUGGACUGAUGGAGGAAAGAGGACGAUUGAGGUUUCUGUUCCAGGAGCAGAUGCUCCAGAGAGCUCAAAAUGCAGUAACAUCUCUCUCUCCAGCGGGGUGGCUGCCCGAAGAUCUUCAGGGGCUUCUAAUAAUUCUGUUUCUCCAUUAAAUGCUACUUCAGGAAGUGGACGGUUCACACCUCUUAACCCAAGAGCAAAGCAGUUUGAAAAACAAAAUGAAGAAGGCUGGUUUGCUCUUUCUACACAUGUGUCGUAAUUGAAAUCAAGUUUUACGGCGUUUGUUCUCAGUUAUAUGUUCUUGAGAUUUGUCUCCCCUUUUUCUGCUCCUGCUGUCAAGUUCUUUUAUGUUUUACUUAGGUUUUCAUAAAACGUAGAAAGGUGUUGUGACUUAGUCUAUUGGAACAAGAAAUAA